CGGGAGGAGGAGCGCGCGAGCCGGAGUCGGAGCCCGAGCCCGAGCGCGAGCCGAGCGGAGGAGACCCUGCGGCGCGCGGCGGCGGCUCCCGGGCGUCCCGGGCCCGGUGGCGGCGCGGCUGUGGUUGGCUGAGCGCCGCGGGCCGCCCCCCGCCCGCCCCCUCCCCUGCUCCCCUCCCCUGCUCCCCUCCCCCGCCUCGCGCGGCGGCUGGCGUCGGGAAAGUACAGUGAAAAGUCCGAGUGCAGCCGCCGGGCGCAGGAUGGGAUCCGGCUCCUCCAGCUACCGGCCCAAGGCCAUCUACCUGGACAUCGAUGGACGCAUUCAGAAGGUAAUCUUCAGCAAGUACUGCAACUCCAGCGACAUCAUGGACCUGUUCUGCAUCGCCACCGGCCUGCCUCGGAAUACAACCAUCUCCCUGCUGACCACCGACGACGCCAUGGUCUCCAUCGACCCCACCAUGCCGGCGAAUUCAGAACGCACUCCCUACAAAGUGAGACCUGUGGCCAUCAAGCAACUCUCUGCUGGUGUCGAGGACAAGAGAACCACAAGCCGUGGCCAGUCUGCUGAGAGACCACUGAGGGACAGACGGGUUGUGGGCCUGGAGCAGCCCCGGAGGGAAGGAGCAUUUGAAAGUGGACAGGUAGAGCCCAGGCCCAGAGAGCCCCAGGGCUGCUGCCAGGAAGGCCAGCGCAUCCCUCCAGAGAGAGAAGAAUUAAUCCAGAGCGUGCUGGCGCAGGUUGCAGAGCAGUUCUCAAGAGCAUUCAAAAUCAAUGAACUGAAAGCGGAAGUUGCAAAUCACUUGGCCGUGCUAGAGAAACGCGUGGAACUGGAAGGACUAAAAGUGGUGGAGAUUGAGAAAUGCAAGAAUGACAUUAAGAAGAUGAGGGAGGAGCUGGCAGCCAGAAGCAGCAGGACCAACUGCCCCUGUAAGUACAGUUUUUUGGAUAACCACAAGAAGUUGACUCCUCGACGCGAUGUUCCCACUUACCCCAAGUACCUGCUCUCUCCAGAGACCAUCGAGGCCCUGCGGAAGCCGACCUUUGACGUCUGGCUUUGGGAGCCCAAUGAGAUGCUGAGCUGCCUGGAGCACAUGUAUCACGACCUCGGGCUGGUCAGGGACUUUAGCAUCAACCCUGUCACCCUCAGGAGGUGGCUGUUCUGCGUCCAUGACAACUACAGAAACAACCCCUUCCACAACUUCCGGCACUGCUUCUGCGUGGCCCAGAUGAUGUACAGCAUGGUCUGGCUCUGCAGUCUCCAGGAGAAGUUCUCACAAACGGAUAUCCUGAUCCUAAUGACAGCGGCCAUCUGCCACGAUCUGGACCAUCCCGGCUACAACAACACUUACCAGAUCAAUGCCCGCACAGAGCUGGCGGUCCGCUACAAUGACAUCUCACCGCUGGAGAACCACCACUGCGCCGUGGCCUUCCAGAUCCUCGCCGAGCCUGAGUGCAACAUCUUCUCCAACAUCCCACCUGAUGGGUUCAAGCAGAUCCGACAGGGAAUGAUCACGUUAAUCUUGGCCACUGACAUGGCAAGACAUGCAGAAAUUAUGGAUUCUUUCAAAGAGAAAAUGGAGAAUUUUGACUACAGCAACGAGGAGCACAUGACCCUGCUGAAGAUGAUUUUGAUAAAAUGCUGUGAUAUCUCUAACGAGGUCCGUCCAAUGGAAGUCGCAGAGCCUUGGGUGGACUGUUUAUUAGAGGAAUAUUUUAUGCAGAGCGACCGUGAGAAGUCAGAAGGCCUUCCCGUGGCCCCGUUCAUGGACCGAGACAAAGUGACCAAGGCCACAGCCCAGAUUGGGUUCAUCAAGUUUGUCCUGAUCCCAAUGUUUGAAACAGUGACCAAGCUCUUCCCCAUGGUUGAGGAGAUCAUGCUGCAGCCACUUUGGGAAUCCCGAGAUCGCUACGAGGAGCUGAAGCGGAUAGAUGACGCCAUGAAAGAGUUACAGAAGAAGACUGACAGCUUGACGUCUGGGGCCACCGAGAAGUCCAGAGAGAGAAGCAGAGAUGUGAAAAACAGUGAAGGAGACUGUGCCUGAGGAAAGCGGGGGGCGUGGCUGUGGUUCUGGACGGGCUGGCUGAGCUGCGUGGGAUCCUUGUGCAGGGAAGAGCUGCCCUGGGCACCUGGCACCACAAGACCACGUUUUCUAAGAACCAUUUUGUUCACUGAUACAAAAAAAAAAAAAGGAAUUCAUGAUGCUGUACAGAAUUUUAUUUUUAAACUGUCUUUUAAAUAAUAUAUUCUUAUACGGAAA